AUCUUCUUUGCAAUAAAUCUAUGGUACCAAAAUGGUACCAUAGAUGCGAAGCUUUUGGAUAAUCGUGUUCUUGUGCUCCAUAUGGCUUCACGUUUUAUUUCAACUGCAAGCCGGCGUUUCCCAAAAUUUAUUUGGCGACGAAAUGUAGGCUGCUUUAGAACAUUAUCCAGCACCAUUCAGCUACAUCAAGAUCAAGAUAUUGCACAAUAUCCUGGCCAUGGCUAUAAGCUGCAGUUUACACAUAAAUUAGAGACUGUAGACCCUAUCCGUCAUCAUGGUAUACCUAUUUAUCAAGUUCUAAACACGCAAGGAAUAGUGAUGGAUGAAACUCAAGAUCCUCAGCUUGGAAAAGACACUUUAGUAUCUGUGUAUAAACAGAUGCUUUUGCUCAACACAAUGGAUAAAAUUCUGUAUGAAUCACAACGACAGGGAAGAAUUUCAUUUUAUAUGACUUGUUAUGGGGAAGAAGCAACUCAUUUUGGUACUGCAACAGCUCUGGAUAACAAAGACAUUGUUUUUGCACAAUACAGGGAAGCAGGAGUACUGAUGUGGCGCGGAUUUCCACUAACACAGUUUAUGCAUCAGUGUUAUGGUAAUGAACAUGAUUUGGGGUUGGGAAGGCAAAUGCCCGUUCACUAUGGUUCCAAAGAACACAACUUUGUUACAAUUUCAUCAACACUUGCAACACAAAUGCCACAAGCCUCUGGUGCUGCUUACGCUUUAAAAAUGCAAAAGUCAGAUAACUGUGUCAUUUGUUACUUUGGUGAAGGAGCUGCAAGUGAAGGGGAUGCACAUGCUGCAUUCAACUUUGCAGCAACGCUAAGUUGUCCUGUCAUAUUUUUUUGCAGAAACAACGGUUAUGCAAUUUCAACGCCAGCAUCGGAACAAUACAAGGGUGACGGUAUAGCUGGUCGUGGUGCUGCGUAUGGAAUGCCAGCAAUACGUGUUGACGGCAACGAUGUAUUAGCCGUGUAUAACGCUACCAAGAAAGCACGAGAGAUAUGCAUCAGUGAAAAUAGACCAGUGAUGCUGGAAGCUAUGACCUAUAGGGUGGGACAUCACAGUACGAGCGAUGAUUCGUCCGCAUACAGAUCAGCUAAUGAAGUGAAAUAUUGGAAAGAUAUUGAUUCGCCCAUCAACAGAUUGAGGAGUUACCUAGAAAACCAAGGAUGGUGGUCAGAGGGAGAAAAUGAAGAAUGGAAGGCGCACGCUUUAAAAAAUAUUAUGACGUCAUUUGAGGGCGCUGAAAAGGCGUUAAAACCUGCCGUAGAGGUAUUAUUUUCUGACGUGUACGCAGAAUGGACGCCUAGAAUUCGCAAACAAUAUGAAGAUUGUAUGAAGCAUUUAGAAAAAUAUCCCAACGAAUAUCCGAUAGGGCAAUAUAAAAAUGCAUCCAAUUGAAAGAGAGAGUCCGGUAAUAUUCUAUGCCAAUCAGAAUAGCUGAGCGUAAAUAACUUAAAGCAUAAAAUGUCAUUGCACAAACACAACCUUUUUGAUACUAAGGUAUUUUUUUGACCAUGCGAUAAAUAGUUUAUAGCAACGCCUUCUAGCGACCACGCAACUUCCUCGACAACACAGGCCGUUAACGAAAAGGGGUAUGCUGCAGUGAAAAUAUAAUCUUUUAACUUAAUCUCUAUUGUUUAAGACAAUAUUAUGUUUAUGCUAUAAGAUAACCGCAAUAUUUAUUUGCUAUUUUUUAUCAAGAAUAUUUAUCUUUUAUUACUUGC